AUCCAAACCACACUUCAAUCCUCUCUCUCUCUCUGUCCUAUUUUUGUUUAUUUUUUAUAGGGAUAACCUCCGAUUCUUUAAACACACACAAAUUUGGACCUGUUUUUUUUCAGCAGACAAGAUGAGAUGUGAUGUGGAGCGUCCAGCAAAGCAUUUUUUCGUUCAUUCUUGGCCUGCCCACCCCACCCCAUUUACUUAACUGAAAUAUUUAUCACCAAAAAUGGAGUUUUUGUUUUGUAAAUAAAAGCUGCAGAAAGAAGGUGAAUUCAUCUGAAAAUGGGAUGCAGGCUCAGCAGCCUCCUCACCCAGUAAUAGUAAUACAUACAUAAAAGGCACGUGUGUACUAAUAUCCAAGGCAUUGGGUCCAUAUCUUUGAAUCAAAACUAAUUCAUACUUACUCCACCCUCACAAAACCAAAAAACUAUAAGACGAUUGAAAUGAAUUCGAAUCGUGUUUAUUUAUGACUACUUGAGAGAGAGAGAGAGAGAGAGAGAGAGAGAGAGAGAGAGAGAGUCAUCAAAUUAUAAGAAACAGAGAGAGAGAGAGAGAAGAAGUAGCAGAGCAGAGGCAGAGGAAUUAUUUUGUGCAGGCGUUUUUGGUGAUCAAAGGUUGGAGCCCAUGUCUAUUUCUGAAGGUGGUUUCUUUUCAACUUAUUCAUUUUUCAGCGAUGCAGCUGGAGUUGCAGGGAAUCUCCUUGCUUUUGUGCUGUUUGUGUCACCAAUACCGACGUUUAGGAGAAUUAUCAGAAGCCAGUCAACGGAGCAAUUUUCGGGGUUGCCUUACAUCUAUGCCCUCUUGAACUGCUUAAUAUGCCUUUGGUAUGGCAUGCCCAUCGUCUCUUCUGGCAUAAUCUUAAUAGCCACUGUCAACUCAGUCGGAGCCGUCUUCCAGUUGGUUUACAUUAUUAUAUUCAUUAUAUAUGCCGACAAAGAAAGGAAGGUAAAGAUGUUGGGGCUGUUGCUGGCAGUUUUCUCUGUGUUUGCUGUCGUUGUUUUCGUUAGCAUAAGGGUUUUUGAACCACCUCAACGACAACUUUUUGUUGGAUACCUGUCUGUCUUUUCUCUCAUAUCCAUGUUUGCGUCUCCGCUAUUCAUUAUUAACCUGGUGAUCAGAACGAAAAGUGUGGAAUACAUGCCGUUUUAUCUCUCACUCGCAACAUUCUUGAUGAGUCUUUCUUUCUUCGCAUAUGGAAUGUUGAAGAAGGACGGGUUUAUUUCUGUUCCUAAUGGGAUCGGAGCGAUUCUUGGGAUUAUUCAGUUGGUGCUGUACUUCUGGUACAGCAGAAGCUCUGUGCAAGCGUCGAGAAGGCCGUUGCUCGAGUCAUAUGCAUGACGGAUGUUGCGUUGCAUAGAACUGGCCGAGCAACGAAUCAGUGAGGCUGCUUGUUUAUUUUUUGUCAUUCUUUUUCCCCUCGUUGGUCUGCUCUAAAAUUCUUGUUUGUAUCGGAACCAAAAAUGUGCUGAGUGCAGUUUUGAUCCUACAAUGUUUAUUCCAAUUCAUGAAUAAGUGAGGUACUCCCAUCUCAAUGUACGAGGCUUACAGUUGAGUAAAAAUGUGGAAGCCUGUGUGUGUGUAUGGUUGCUUGGAUAUGUUCAUAUAAAGUUGCUGAAUCAAUUGUUAUAAAAGCGCAUAAGCGCUGUA